GUCUUUUGGCUUGGUAAGUUUAAAUUCUUAAUAUCAGAACUCCUCGUAACGUUCACUCUACAAGCAACACCGUAUUUUCAUUCUGUGUUACUUCAAAACUAAGCCACGCAAUUCCGAAAUUCCCAGUCCACAGUACAAUAAAUCUUCUUCAAUUAUUUAUUAAAAAAAAACUGAAGAGAAUCCCAUAAACCCUAAUACCCAUAUAUCCCAAUGUCGCCGGCUGCUGCGGCCGUGGAAUUACAAUCAUCCUUCACCAGCAAACCCUCCCCAAACCCUAAUAUUAACCCUAAUUUUGAUCCAUGUUCUUCUUCGGGCGAUCCUUUGCAUAAGCAACGUAACUCCAAUAACUCUACUUCGUCUUCUUCAACAGCUUUUAGUAUUGGCGUUGGUGUCGGUUGUGGAACCGGCUGGCGAACUGGGUCGGUUCGGAGCAAACCAAGGCUGUUGAAGGUGAGGAAGCAGAUGGGGAGGUCCAGAAAUGGAGCGAGUGAAAUGGCGCCGGACUUUAAUCCGUUUGCAACAAAGGGUGAAGUUUUGGACUCAAUAAAUGGUAAUAGUUAUAAUUCACCGUUUUCUAGUAAUGGGAUUUUAGAGAAUAUUAAUAGUGUAUCAAAUAAGUUUUCUUUAGAGAAUGAUAAUACGGGGCUUGUAUUUGGUGCUAAAAAGAGUGACUUAAGUGAGUCCGAAAAACUUGAUACCAUGGGCCUUGUGUUUGAUGAUGAUAAGUGUGAUUUUUUUCUGAACUUCAUUUCGGAGAAAAGGGAAUCAGGUGAGGGUGUGAAAAAUAAAAUUCAUGAUUCGGAGAAUGUGGGUUUUGUGUUUGAUGUUAAUGGUGGUGGUAUGGAAUCGAGUUCAAAUUCAAAAAAAAGUGAAUGUAGUAGGAAUUUGGGUGAUUCUGGCUUGGGUUUUGUGUUUGGUUCUAGUUGGCGUAAUUCUGUGUUGAAUGUGAACUCAGAUGAGAGUGAUUCUGGUGAAAAAAAAGGUAAACCAUUUUCUGAUGAUCAUGAGAAGACGGAAAUACAAAGUGAAAUAGAGGCUGAGGAAGUGAAGGCUAAUGAAGUUAGAUUUAAAUGUUACGAAAGUUUUAGUUGCAGGGAGGAUUAUGGUAAGGGUGCUUUUGUUUUUGGUGCAGACAAUAAGAGAAGCUUUGGUAUUGGCAAAAACAUUGGGCAGAUAAAAAAUGAUAAUAUGGAUCCCAAUCUCUGUUAUGCGAGUAAGUUUGUAUCAGAAAGUAAUAGUAGUAGUAACAAUAUGGUUGGUGCUCCAAGCACAAUCCCAGUAUUUAAACUACCUGAUGAGAUAAAGAAACUGAACAUCAAUGAAUAUGAAAAUGAUGAUGGUUCUGACAAGAAAUAUGAUUCAAAUAAGAAUUCAUGCACAUAUGCAGAUGUUAAAUUUGUGUUUACUAGUGGCGUAAAGCCUUCUAGUUCUUUUAGUGUAGAUUCAAAUCCUACUCAUGAGCAGAUAUCAGGUGCUGCUGCUGUUAUUGGGACAAAGGUGGGAGAUAAAUGUGGGUCCGGUGAUAGUGAUCGUAUUGUAUUUGGUAAUAGCUGUAAUAGAGACAGUGCUUCAUCAGUAAAUGGUUUUGUACCUGAGGCAACUUCUUCAGAAAACACUUAUGUUCCUGAGGCACCUUCUGCAAAUGGAGUUCAGAACAGGGUUGAGAACAGUUUGCAAGGAUUAGGGAUUUCCUUCAUAACACCCCUUUGGGAUCCAUCUUGUUUUAAAGCAAAUCUAUCCCCUAAACCAAAUGGGAAACUAGAAUUUAGUUCAAAGAGUAAAUCAUUUAAAGGCAAAAGAUCAAAGAAAACUAGGGGAAAGGUGAGGCAGCCUUCUUUCCUUAAGCAAGGGCUGAAGCAAGUCCAUGUGCAGAAGGAAAGCAGUUUACAAGAAAAGCCAACCUCUCCUGAGUGUUACUCUCCUAUGGAUUUUUCCCCCUAUGCUGAAAAUACAGUGAGUGAUAUACCUUCUAGGGAAACAUUAUUGAAAUCAAAGGAGUCCUGUUACAGAGAAAAUAGUUGUGCAACCUCCACCUCACACCACUCUGGUACUACUGAUUCUAAAGAUGGAAAUCCUUCUUUUGCAGAAAGUUGCAAUAUUAAUAUAGGUGAUCGGAAUUGUAAACAGUCAAACGGUAAGAGUUUUGGAAGUCAUUUUAAAAGUUCUCAAGAUGAUGAUUUUUCUUCGAAAGGGUUUGUUUUUGGUUCUGAAACUUCCUACACUAGUUUCUAUCAGGAGCAGGUAUGCUGCAGCAAUGGUUCCACUGUCCCUUCAGUGGAACAUGCAGAUGGCUUGAACACCAAGAUUCCUGAAAAUUUACAAUAUUGUUUUGAUUCAGGUGUAGAAGGGCAGAAAUACUUUACCUUUUCUGCAUCAUCCACCAUAGAAGGUGGUUUAACUUCUAGACGACGUCUGCCUCGAAAGAAAAAUAAGAAGAAAGUUGGUAAUGAGUCAUUUAUUAUCUCUCCAAGUUCUGAUGUUAAGGUCAGCUCUUCCUUUGUCCAUGGUCAAAAAGAAGAUAGAUAUACAUUUAAAGGUGAAGUGGGGACUAUAUCUGAACUGGCUGAACAGAUCAAGCACGGUUUUAUCUCUGCCAGUGCUUCAUUUCAGGAAGCCUGUGAAAUGUGGCGACAAAGGGGUAAUCAAGCAUAUAAAAAUGGUAAUCUGUCUAAAGCUGAGGAAUUUUACACACAGGGCAUUAAGUCUGCCCCUCCAGGCGAGACUGCAGGAUGCUGCAUCAAGCCUCUUUUGCUUUGCUACAGCAAUCGUGCAGCAACAAAGAUCUCUCUUGGAAGGUUGAGGGAAGCUAUAGAGGAUUGUUUGAUAGCUGCCAAUAUUGAUUCGAACUUUCUCAAAGUUUACAUGCGUGCUGCAAAUUGCCACCUUGUACUGGGGGAAGUUGAAAAUGCACUGCAUUAUUAUAACAAACUCCUAGAAUCAGGGCCUGAUGUGUGUUUGGAUCGUAGAAUUACAAUCGAUGCUGCUGAAGGCCUACAAAAAGCUCAGAAAGUGGCCGAGAGUACAAAUCGUUCUGCUAAAUUGUUGGAGCAGAAAACUUCAGAAGCAGCAUCUGAUGCUUUAGAAAUAAUUGUGGAUGCCUUGUCCAUUAGUUCAUACUCAGAAAAGUUGCUUGAAAUGAAAGCAGAGGCAUUAUACAUGUUGCGGAAAUAUCAAGAGGCAAUUCAAUUAUGUGAACAGACUCUUGAUGUUGCUGAGAAGAAUUUUGCUUUGGAGAGAACUGAUAAUGGUUCAGUAGAUGUGAAAGCUUCUGGAAGCAUUAGAUGCUCACCUGCAAGGCUGUGGAGGUGGCACUUAAUAUCCAAGUCCUACUUUUGCUUGGGCAAGCUUGAGGUGGCACUUGAUUUACUUCAGAAGCUGGAGCAACUUGGAUCUCUCAUUGACAAGCAUGGAAAUGAUAUGCUGAAAUCAUCAAUUUCAUUAGCUGCAACAAUUCGGGAACUUUUACGUUGUAAGAAUGCUGGUAAUGAAGCAGUUCAAUCAGGAAGGUAUACUGAGGCAGUGGAGCAUUAUACUACUGCUUUAUCCAGCAAUAUUGAAUCUCGCCCUUUUGCCGCUAUCUGUUUCUGUAAUCGUGCUGCUGCAUUCCAAGCUUUGGGCCAGAUAGCUGAUGCUAUAGCAGAUUGCAGUCUGGCCACGGCUCUUGAUGGAAAUUAUACAAAGGCUGUUUCUAGAAGAGCUGUCUUGCAUGAGAUGAUUAGAGACUAUGUACAAGCGGCAACUGACCUUCAGAGACUGGUUUCAAUUCUUGAAAAUAGGUCUAAUGAAAAGGCUAAACAGUCUGGCUCAACAUCUAAGUGCACUGGAAGCAAGGAAAUAAGGCAAGCUCAUCGACGUAUAUUUUUAAUGGAAGAAACAGCUAAGAAAGGAGUCUCCUUGGAUCUCUACUUAAUCUUGGGAGUUAAAGCAUCUGAUGCAGCAUCUGACAUAAAAAAGGCAUACAGAAAAGCGGCACUUAGACAUCACCCAGACAAGGCUGGUCAGUUCCUGGUGAGAACUGAGAGUGGAGAAGAGGGACGACUCUGGAAGGAAAUAGGUCAUGAAGUUCACAAGGAUGCUGAUAGACUCUUUAAAAUGAUUGGAGAGGCAUAUGCAGUUCUUUCAGAUCCUACUAAGCGAACACAGUAUGAUCUUGAAGAGGAAAUAAUGAGAGCUCCAAAAGAAAGCCAUCGAAGUAGUUCUUAUGGAAGACCAUCAGAUGCAUAUGGUUUUACGUCACAGCAGAGUGCCAAUAAACAAUAUUGGUAGAACUAGAAGAAAUAUGGUAAUCUUUAUCCAUGAUGGUAAGAAGCAUGUGGAAGAGUUGCCUUAGUUUCCUUUGCAUUUAUAUGAUUUGAAUCCAAGAGUUGUGUCAGAUUUUAAAUGGCGAAAAGUCUUUGUUGGAUACAGAAGUGACUAUCGCCCUCUAGUUGUUGCCAGGCCACAUUAUAGCGGAAGUGACCCUGCUAUGACUCUAAAUGUCAUAUAGCAUGCGUGAAUAUUGCAGAUGUUUUGUAUGAGAAACUUGUUUUGCAUACACAGAGAUCGAUCACAAGGCAUAUAUUCUGUAGAAAAUAUUUGUGUGCUUGCCAGUGUUUAUAGAGAUGACAGUUAGCCAAUUCUAAUUAUGGACGAUAAAGGAGUAGGCAUUUGCUCAGAGGAGUUUAUAUGAAAUUUUCUCUGCUGUAUAUGUUUUUACAAAUACUGAAAAACGUGCUCAUUGAAACAAGAUGCACGGUUCAGCGAUGUUAAACCUUGUACCAUCGCAGAUGUGUCUGCAGGUUUCAUGGUAUUUGUUUUUGUUGGGGAAUACAUAAUAAAGGAAAUGGUGAAAUGCUUGCA